CAAUUCGGGGUGGGGGAAACCGGAGCAGCCUCUGGAAGGGCGAAGGGAGGAGUCGGUGCAGCCGGUCCAUCCGAGGGUUAAAGGGAAAGAGCCCCUCCCUCCCUCCCUCCCGCAUGUCAUAUGCCUGGGGGUGGCUGGUACUCGGGUGGGGAGGGGGCCGUGCUGGUGGAUUUUCUUUCAAGAAUAAAGGACCAGUCCCACAGGAGCUUUGCAGAUUGUCACUUGGUUGGCCCAGUGGGGGCUGAUCGGAGAGGAAAGGACCAGGAUGGGAGAGCCAGACUCAGAGGAAGUCCCAGAUGCCACAAAUGCUGAGAGAAGAAGGGAACUGCGGGAAGGAAGAGGGCAGAAGAGCCCGGGAGACAACUUCCCUCCAGAUGUGCAGCGCCAGCAAUUCAGGCAGUUCUGCUACCAGGAGGCCGAGGGCCCCCGAAAGGUUUGCAGCCGACUCCACCUUCUUUGCCACCAGUGGCUGAAGCCAGAAAGGCACAGCAAGAGGGAGAUGCUGGACCUGAUGAUCCUGGAGCGGUUCCUGGCCGUCCUGCCCCUGGAGAUGGGCAACUGGGUCAGGGAAUGUGAGGCAGAGACCAGUUCCCAGACAGUCGCCCUGGCAGAAGGUUUCCUCUUGAGCCAGGCAGAGGACAAGAAUCAGGACCAGCAGGUGCAGGAAAGGACCACAUGGGAGUGUUUCCAUGGAGCAACUUUUUCAGGUGGUGCCCUACAUCCUUUGCCAUCUCUCUGGGGCAGAGAGAAAGCAGCUUCCGUGCAGCCUAAUCGGGGUCUGGUGACCUUUGAGGAGGUGUGUGUCCAUUUCUCUGAGGAGGAGUGGGCUCUGCUGGAUCCGGACCAAAGAAGGCUUCACAAGGAAGUCAUGGAGGACAAUUGUCAGAAUGUGGCCUUUCUGGAGUCUGAUGGUUUUCAGAAUAUGUCCAAGGGAGAACCACAAGACCUAUAUAAUGAAAAACAGAAAAGAAAAGUUGCAACAAACCAGAAGAAGAGGAACGAAUGCUAUGCUUCUCAUAGUGGUGAAUCCCUCCUGGUUGAUACAUACCAAAGAAUUAAAACAGAGGAGAAACCUGAGAACUCAUCAGAGAGUAGAAGAAGCUUAGAUCAGAAUAUAGAUCAUCCUGGCCAUCAACAGCUCCACAGAGAGGAGACGCAUAAAUGUCUGGAGUGUGGAAAGAGUUUUGCUAAGCCUUCCCACCUUGCUGCUCAUCAACGAAUACAUACUGGGGAGAAACCUUAUAAAUGCUUGGAGUGUGAAAAGAGCUUUGCUUGGAGUUCACUGCUUACUGUCCAUCAACGAGUUCACACUGGGGAAAAACCGUACAAAUGUUUGCAGUGUGGAAAGAAAUUUGCCUGGAAUUCAUUGCUUAGGACUCACCAACGUAUCCAUACUGGAGAGAAACCCUAUAAAUGCUUGGAGUGUGGAAAGAGCUUUUCUCAGAGUGGCAGCCUAGCUGCUCAUCGACAAACCCACAGUGGGGAGAAACCAUAUAAAUGCUUGGAUUGUGGGAAAAGUUUUACUCAGAGACACAGCCUAGCUACUCAUCAAAGAAUCCAUACUGGAGAGAAACCCUAUGAGUGCUUGGAAUGUGGAAAGAGCUUUGCACGGAAUGACCAUCUGGCUACUCAUCAACGAAUCCACACUAAUGAGAAACCAUAUAAAUGCUUGGAUUGUGGAAAGAGCUUUACUCAGAGUUGCAGCCUUGCUGCUCACCGACAAACCCACAGUGGGGAGAAAUCAUAUAAAUGCUUGGAAUGUGGAAAAAGCUUUCCUGGAGCUGCAAGGCUUAUUAUUCAUCAACGUGUCCACACCGGAGAGAAACCCUAUAAAUGCUUGGAGUGUGGAAAGAGCUUUGCUCGGAAUGAUCAUCUAACUGGUCAUCAACAAAUCCACAAUAAGGGGAAACCAUAUAAAUGCUUGGAGUGUGAAAAAAGCUUUGCUUGGAAUUACCAGCUGGCUGCUCAUCAACGAAUCCACACUGGGGAAAAACCAUAUAAAUGCUUGCAGUGUGAAAAAUGCUUCGCUCAGAAUUCACAGCUCAUUAUUCAUCAACGUGUCCACACCGGAGAGAAACCCUAUAAAUGCUUGGAGUGUGGAAAGAGCUUUGCUCGGAAUGACCAUCUAACUGCUCAUCAACAAAUCCACACCAAGGAGAAACCAUAUAAAUGCUUGGAAUGUGAAAAAAGCUUUGCUUGGAAUUACCAGCUGGCUGCUCAUCGACGAAUCCACACUGGGGAGGAACCACAUAAAUGCUUGGAGUGCGGAAAGAGCUUUGGUCAGGCUUCAAACCUUUCUGUCCAUCAACGAAUCCACACUGGGGAGAAACCAUAUAAAUGCUUGGAGUGUGGAAAGAGCUUUUCUCAGAGUUGGCUGCUUAAUGUCCAUCAGCGUAUCCACACUGGGGAGAAACCCUAUAAAUGCUUGGAGUGUGGAAAGAGCUUUCCUUAUGCUUCAAAGCUUACUAUCCAUCAACGUAUCCACACUGGGGAGAAGCCAUAUAAAUGCUUAGAGUGUGGGAAGAGCUUUGCUCAGAGUUGGCUACUUAAUGUCCAUCAGCGUGUCCACACUGGGGAGAAACCAUAUAAAUGUCUGGAGUGUGGAAAGAAGUUUCAUCAGGCUUCAAAGCUUACUAUCCAUCAACGUGUCCACACUGGGGAGAAACCAUACAUAUGCUUGGAUUGUGGAAAGAGCUUUUCUCAGAGUUGCAGCCUUGCUGCUCACCGACAAACCCACAAUGGGGAGAAAUCAUAUAAAUGCUUGGAAUGUGGAAAGAGCUUUCCUUGGGCUGCAAGGCUUACUAUGCAUCAGCGUGUCCACACUGGGGAGAAACCAUAUAAAUGCUUGGAGUGUGGAAAGAGCUUUGCUCGGAAUGACAAACUGACUGCUCAUCAACGAAUUCACACUGGGGAGAAACCAUAUAUAUGUUUGCAGUGUGGCAAGAGCUUUGGUCGGAGUUGGCUGCUUACUCUCCAUCAGUAUAUCCAUACUGGGGAUAAACCAUACAAAUGCUUGGAAUGUGGAAAGAGCUUUACUUGCAAGACACAUCUAACUUCCCAUCAACGUAUCCACACUGGGGAGAAACCAUAUAAAUGCUUGGAGUGUGGAAAGAGCUUUGCUCGGAAUGACCAAUUGACUGCGCAUCGACGAAUCCACACUGGUGAGAAACCAUAUAAAUGCUUGAUGUGUGGAAAGAGCUUUGCUCAAAAAGUGCAGCUUAAUGUGCAUCAAAGAAUUCAUACAAGGGAGAAACCUAAAAAUGCCAAGCCGUGAUUGGCAUUUGAGAAUUCACACAGGGAUGAAAUCAAACUUUUCCAGUGAUGCAAGAUCUUCACCCUCAAGCCCAAUCAUUCUGUGCAUUAUCAUCUACAAUUUUAUGCUGCUGCUGCUGUUGUUAAAUCAUGUUAGAUUUAUAACGAACAUCAUAUCAUACCUUUUUCUGUGGUGAAGGAUCCAGAGCAUCUUAUGUUCUCUUCUUGUCCAUUUUAUCCUAAGAACAAUCAUGUUGACUAACAGGUUAGACUGAAAAUGAGUGACUGGCCCAGGAUCAGCCAGCAAAUUUCAUUGUUCGAGGUGGGAUUUGAACCUGAAUCUCCUAGAUUCCAGUCAGAUCUCUGACCACUGCAACUCACAGACUCUGACACCUUAGAGAGGUUCUUAAACCCCCUUUGUUUUGGAGUGGAGGGUAUCUCUAUCUGUGAGGUAGUCUGACUGAGUGUGAGUCAGCCAGGAGAUGCCAGCAACCAUCUGCGGCUGAGUAGGGCUGAGACCAGGUUAUUUGGCCCUCGUCUGCCAUUUUGACAGCUCCAACACACAAGGUGUGAUAUGUCAGGGAAAUGGUUCAAUCUCCUUUGUUGUCAGGUCUUAAGAGUGAAAUCAAUAAGCAGACUAUGGAUGCUGGAUCAGAAGUCUUUAUUGAUAACAGCUUCAGAAAGCCAGGUCCACCAGACUAUGAAAAUACAGUUGCCUUUAUGCCCUGAAAGUUCCCAUCGUGAAUACCCCCUCCUUGGAAAAAAGGAUGUUUGGGAGUUGAGCCUCUCAAGGCCAGCACAGUGAUAGUCACAGCCACCUGCCACCCAGGGUUGCAUCUGUUUAGCUGCUGCUAGUAGCAUCAAAGGAAAGCAAACGAAAAGAGAAAGAUCCAUUAAUAUAUCAGAAGGUGAAGACAGCUUCCCCCCUCCCACAUUCAGGUGUGAGUCCUUGCACCUAGGCAGGAGAAGGAAUAUCCUGACAUUGUAACCCAGAGGCUAUCUUCUACCCUUUCUGUCUGCUUUUCUUUCUGUUCUUUGCUUCUCACAAGUAAACUGUGGCUUCACUUGCCAAUAGCAGAGGGAUGUUAUCAAGUUCAGCUGCAGCAGGAAGUUCUGAUUCCCCUAAUUUUUGGCACUGCAACUCCCACGUGUCGAACUGGUGGCCUGUUUUAAAUUUAUGUCAAUCUCCAUGCCUGAAUAGACGUAUGGUGUGGCCUCAUUUGGCAUAUGGUGUUCCAUUAUGGUCUCUAUAUCUUAAAAAAAAGUACCGUAGAGACCAAUCAAGAUGAUUCAGGGGUUGGAGCACUUUCCCCACGAUGAAGGGCUGAGGACUGGCUGUUGUAAGGUUUCUGGAUUGUGUGGCUGUGGUCUGGUCAUUUUUGCUCCUACAUACUCAGACCUUUAUUGGCAUCAAAGUAUAAUCCAGUAUAAUAAUUAAAAGGAGACACAAUUGAUAUUAAAAUUUAUAUAAAACAGAAUACAAAGCAAAAUUAUAAAAAUGAAUGUUAUGCAUUUUAAGCACCUAAAAUUGGCACUUAUUCCUAACAGUGCAAAGGUUUAUAAGUGCAAGAGUAGGGAUUAAGAACUUAGCUCGAAUCUCAGCAUAAAAUGGACAGAAAAAUAAAAUAUGUUGCAAUGUUUCAAUAGUUCCUGAAUCACAAAAGCAGACCCUUUCUGCAUAUGGUACUCUCUGGAACAGUGGUUCUCAACCUGGGGGUCGGGACCCCUUUGGGGGUCAAAGGGCCCUUUCACAGGGGUCGCCUAAGACUCUGCAUCAGUGUUCUCCAUCUGUAAAACAGAUACCGGUAAAUGUUAGGGUUGGGGGUCACCACAACAUGAGGAACUGUAUUAAAGGGUCGCAGCAUUAGGAAGGUUGAGAACCACUGCUCUGGAAUCUUCCAGAGAGUAGGGCGGAUGGCAUAGUAUUAAAGCAAUCAAGCUCUAAGAGAAAACCGCCGAUUGAAUUAGAAUAUUAGUAAUGAUACAGUGUGUUGAUAAAUUAUUUCAUUUCAUAUAGAUGCAUGAACCUAGAAUGGAUUAGAAUUCAACAAUGAGAAAGUAGAAAGUCAUUAUAUGGUUUUAUGGUGUGUAGUUUAGUUGGCUAUAGGUUGUUAUUGUAGAAUUUAUAUUUGAAUGUUUGUAAUUAUGUAUUCUUUUGUAUUUCAUAUUUUUGUUUUGUAUUAAUAUAAUAAUAGUGUGAAAAGAUAUAUUUUUGGUAUGUUGAGAAACUAAAACCUAUUUAAAAAGAAAACAUUCAAGUUAUUAUAAUUCUCAAGACGACAAACAUUUCCCAUAAACAACCUUACAAUUCCAAGUCAAGCUGAAUCACAAUGGCUACAAACAUAGCAACAUUUGCAGUGUUGGGAUCUUCAUUGCUCUUCAGAAAGGGAACUCAGGACCAAUGCAGGUCUUAAAUGCAGGUUUCAACAUGAAGAAAGCAGCCAGUCAAAAUGUUCACUGACCCAAGGGCAGGUCUACUUCUUCUGUCUGCCCUCUUCAACAGCUCCUGCUGCUUUCUUGAUGCUUCAGUUCUCUUUUGAUGGACCUUCUUGUCUUAUGCCAUCAUAGAUGACCCACUGUUUUAAUUGCCGCAUGUAUUGGCGUCCCUUAAGUGAAUUCCAUAAA